GCGAGGGCGAGGGCGAGGGCGAGGGCGAGAGUGAGGUGGGGUCUGAGGGAGAUCGGGACGGAACUCUAAGGAUGCGAAUUCGUCGAAUUCAGAUUGGCCUGCCUGAACGUGAUUGAUUGGGUUUAAUUUUGACUACCCAAGAGGUCUGGGUUAGAAUGAGCAUGCAUUUUCAAUUCCGGUAUGCUAGGGUUGGGAAUUGUAAUGUCCGCGGUAUUAGUUUGAUUUGGAGUGGUUGGUGUUACUUCGAGGCCGCGUAAAUAUCUGCUCGAUUAAUUUGCUAAAUGAAUCAGGAAUAAUAAAAAAGCAGAAUUUGAAGUGAAAUCUGGAGGUUUUAAAUCAUCCAGUAACCAGGAUCAAUAGUCACUUCUAGUUGAAGGAACUUGGCACUGAGUCUAUUUUGUAGAGGUGUGGCAUGAGAGAAAAAAGUGAAAAGUGAUGUUACCUAGAGAUAUGUGGCGUGAGAAACAAGAGAACAUAAUGUUACCGGGUCAGACUUGUGCUCCUCGAAGUUUUCAGGGGUCUCACAUGGAGAACAUGAUUCCUGCAGCUCCUUCUGAAAAUAUUGUUCUUUGUUCUUCAUCAAGAAAAAGGAAAUCAACAACCAUGGAUCAAGCUGUUGUGAGAUCUGACCCAAUUUUUGGACCCUGGGAAUCAAACCUGCACAAGGCUAGUUUUCUUUCAGGGGCACAUGUAGAAAAGAGUUCUGGGUUGGGUUUAGACCGAACAAAGUCAAUUGAGCAACCAAUUUUUAAGAAUCAAUAUGAGAAAGAUACUUUUCUCUAUCAGAAUAGCAACUCUGUUGCCUGGCCACCUAGGGCUGUGGAUGUGCAUGCCAAUGAAACCAAGAAUCUGAGCAAUGCUUCCUCACAUCUGCCUCCUCAGCAUUUGGAUCACAAAGGAUCUUUUGACUCACCAAAAAUGCAGGCUGGUCUGGGCAUCUUAUCAAAUUGGCAACUCCAGGCAUGCAGUAGAAUAGUCCCAAGUGAACCCUACAUGUCUUCACCCAUUUUGAAAUCAUAUGAUACGUGUGCAGGAGAAGCUCCUUAUCAUCAGGAGCCAAUGAACAUUGGAAUGAAGAACCUUCCCUUGAGCAAACUGUCACCUGGAAUAUGUAAUACACCAUGUAAAAGCUUGACGCCUGAAGAAAUUUUGCAACAUAGGCCUCUUAACUCUAACAGGCUUCCUGCAGACGUGGGUGAAAGACAAAGUAAUAACUCCUUAAUGGAUGGAGGAAGUAAUGAGCUUCCAUCUGUAAAAGCUGCUACUUUGGAACCUUCACUUUUCAAUGAACAAUUGGAGGAGUUCUCACCUGAAAAUGGUAGUCCCUCUAAAAUUGUUAAGCAGGGUAAGAAGAAUGACUUAACGGAUGGGUCUCUCAGAUCAGAUGAAAAGAGUAGGUCGCAUUUUACUAAAGCGGCUCAUGUAGUGGCUGAGAAGCUUUGGGAAGGGUCUCUUCAACUAAAUUCUUCAGUGUCCCUGUCUGCAGUUGCUUUCUUCAAAAGCGGAGAGAAGUUGCUUGAUACCAACUGGUGUGAAUCUAUAGAAGUUAAAGGGAAAGUAAGAUUAGAGGCUUUUGAAAAAUAUAUUCAAGACCUUCCUCGCUCACGCAGUAGGGGAUUGAUGGUUAUCUCUCUUUGCUGGAAGGAAGGAUCUUCAGGAACUGGACUCAAGGGCAUGAAAGAGGUUGCAAAAGGAUACCAGAAAGGGGGGAGAGUUGGGUUUGCUCAGCUCUCACCAGGUAUUGAUCUUUACGUCUGUCCUCGUAGUGAUGCCAUAAUCACAAUCCUUGCGAAAUAUGGUUUCUUCAAGGGCAUGGCAGCUGUUGAAGACAACCAGGAUUCUAUGAUAGGUUGUGUAGUGUGGCGGAGAAAUCGAACAUCUUUGAAUUCUGUUGCAAAGAAACCAGAGAGUAAGGGUAACUCUUUACCAGUGCAGCUUCUAAACUCGCCUACUUACUCUCCAGUUAAACUAGAAGAACUUGUGUUUACACAACCAGCUCAAGAAUCUCUUCUGCCAUCGGCAUCAUCUACCUCAACCAUUGAGGGUGCAGGGAAAAGUGGUAGUGAAGCUAAAAGUAUUACCUCUACCGAACCCCUGAUUAAAGUCAUUAAGAGGGAAAAGAAUUUCUCAGAUGCCGAUUCCUUGCCUGCUGCUUCAGGUCCAAGUGAUCCCACUUCAGCUCCAGCAGGACUUCAUAGACCUUCAGGCUCCAACUCUACCUUCCCUCAGGCAGCAGAAAGAUACUUAUUGGAAGUUCAAGCUCAUCCAGGGUUCUACUCAGUACCAGAGCAACCUAAAGCAAGUAGGGAGCUCAAGGAACCUAAGCCUUUCUCAUCUAAUAUACGAAAAGAACACAAGCAUUGCUCAGAGGAUGAUGAUCUUCCUGAAUUUGACUUCAAUGCUGCUCGUGGAGUUUCUCAUGCUAAUAUGAGCAAGCCUUCGGAUACUGUGCUGGCGGUGGACAAGAGAAUCCCACCUAAAGGAAUUCUGAAGAUGCAUGGGUCAGAUCUGCCGAAAAUGUCUAAUGUGCAGGCAAUGUCUGUUUCCAGUCAAAGAUCUAAUGGGUCAGAUCAGUUUAUGCUUCCCAGGUUUCCUUUCAACACCAAGGAAGGAAUGCCUCCAAUGAAACUGGUUGGUGCACAUGAAUCUGGAAUUCCAGUUUUCCCCCGUGUGGAAGAGAGACCGAGCAUACAACACAAACUCCCAACUAGUCUGGUUGGUAGUGCUGUUGCAAAACCCAGGAAUCUCUUUGAUGAUGGCGAUGACAUGCCUGAGUGGCGUCCCCCAUGGUUCCAGAAGCAACCAUUGGCUGAAACUAGGCAAUCAACAACUGCCCGCCCCCCUGAACUUCCCAACUCAAUUCUCCAAAACACAGCCCGCGGCUCCUCAUGGCCUGUAAUCCCUCCUGCAUCUGCAGCCGCUACCCGCCCCACAUUCUAUUCCCAGCCUUCCCCUCCUGCAUUCCAUUGCCCGACAGCUCGGCCGCCAGGAGGGGGUCCAAACUCUUCAAUGGGGUUUAACCCGACUUGGUUUUAGGGCAUCUACCCCAGCUCCAAUGGUAAUCGAGAGGUUGGAGGCCCCGAUAAUGAAACAACAGUACAGAGAUACAGUUUCUCCUAGACCUUCAACUUGUAGAUCAACUGCUUCCUGGAAAUCUCCAAUUCCCCCAUCAUAAUAUAUGGUUGUUAAUAGUUCUCUAUUAGGUGAAACUCGUUGCUUUCAUCGUUCAGCUUGCUGGUGACAAUUUUCUUAUUUCUAGUGCCAUGUAAUCCAGUGGUUCUCAGCUUGAUGCCAAAGAUGAGACAUUAAACUGUCAAAACUCCAGAUUUUCUUCAUCCGUCUCCCUCAAAUUCAUAAAACUAUCAAACUCCAGAUGAUUUUCUUCAUCCAUCUCCCUCAAAUUCAUAAUAACUAUCAAACUCCAGAUUUUCUUCAUCCAUCUCGCUCAAAUUCUUUCUCCAAUUGCUUAACCUUGAAAAGACGCAUUUUUUUGGGCUUUGGCCAUUUUUCGGGUCUUGGCAAGUUUGGGAUACAUCCAAUCAAUCAUAGCCUUCUCUGGUGUUUGGUUGGCAUGGGAUUAAAGAUGAUGUAAGAUGAUUACCUGAGUCACCAUCACCGAAGCAUGUUAAUUACUAGCCCCCGGGAGCGCAAUGGAUAAUAAGUCACCGUUCACACAUCAUUUCGUGGAAUAUAUACAUCAAUUCAUGCUUAAAAAAAUAUACCUUAGUAACUGAGAAGACAAAAGGAAAGAAAGUGCUUGAAGUUACAAUCUGAAACAACUUCAGCGCUUUAUGAACAUUGGGAAUUGAAUGUACAAACCCCGAAACUAAGAACAAUAAAACCAAAAAAAAAAAAAAA